GCUGCCAUCUAUCAUCAGGCUGGGGGCAGGAAGAUUCCUCCUCUUCUCUCCUCUAAGGACCAGUGACAAAGCUUGCGCGCGGCGCCACCAUGCGGCAGAAGGCGGUAUCGCUCUUUUUGUGCUACCUGAUACUCUUCGCCUGCAGCGCGGUGGAGGCAGGCAAAAGAAGACGCUCGGAGAGCUCAGAGAACAGCGGCUCCGGAUGGUGGAGCACGCUGACCUAUAUGGCUGUCGGAGGAGGGCUCAUGGCCGUGGGGCUUCCCGCGCUGGGCUUCACGAGCGCCGGCAUCGCCGCCAACUCGAUGGCCGCCUCGCUGAUGAGCUGGUCGGCCGUAGCGAACGGGGGCGGCGUGCCUGCUGGCGGGCUGGUGGCCACGCUGCAGAGCCUCGGGGCUAGCGGUGGCACUGGCCUCAUGGCCAAGAUUGGUGCCUUUCUGGGCUACACUGUCCACAAGCAGCUCAGCAACCAGGAUGAGGAUGAGGAGUAGCCAGCAGCUCCCAGGAAUCCUCUCCUUCCUCCUUGCCCUCCUUCUUCCAGUUGAAGUCUAGAGCUUUCUGUUAUACUUGUCAAUAGCCCAUGUCAAAAAACAGAAUAAACUUCUCUCAGAAGA